CUUUAUUUUAGCACAAUUAUUUUAGAAACUUCAUCAUCUUCUUCUUCAUCUUCUUCAACAUCAUCUGCUGGAGGUGCAGAAUCUUUGCCUCAGUUUAUUUUAGUCUCUGCGUUUAAAGUUUCUCUGCUGGAGCGCGCGCAGAAUGAGGCGGCUGCUCGUGCUCGCGGCAGGAUUUUCAGCGCUCGUGUUGCUGUGUGUGUCUGCGCAGACGCUCGACGUGAGUGCAGACAAACCCGCUGAGCAGCAGAGAUCAGACAGAUCGAAGCGUCGGGGCGGCGGGCAGGACGUGCUGAAGGGGCCGAAUGUGUGUGGAUCACGUCACCAAGCGUACUGCUGUCCCGGGUGGAAGACCUUGACCGGGGGGAACCAGUGCAUCGUUCCGAUUUGCCGCAGCCCAUGUGGGGACGGGUUCUGCUCCAGACCUAAUAUGUGCACCUGCCCUACCGGUCAGAUCGCAACCACCUGCGGAUCCAAAUCAGUCCAGAACUGUAACAUUCGCUGUAUGAAUGGUGGCACGUGUGCAGAGGAUCAGUGUUUGUGUCAAAAGGGAUACUCUGGAGCUCACUGUGGCCAACCGAUGUGUGAAUCUGGCUGUCUGAAUGGGGGUCGGUGUGUCGCUCCAAACCGUUGUAUGUGUAAUUAUGGCUUCACUGGUGCUCAGUGUGAAAGAGAUUACAGAACUGGGCCCUGUUUUGCAUCUGUAAAUAAUCAGAUGUGUCAAGGGCAGCUUACUGGAAUCGUGUGCACCAAGACAUUGUGUUGUGCGACAGUGGGUCGCGCCUGGGGUCACCCAUGUGAGCAGUGUCCUGCACAGCCACACCCCUGCCGCCGGGGGUUCAUCCCUAAUCAUCGCUCAGGAGCCUGCCAGGAUGUGGAUGAGUGCCAGGCCAUUCCUGGGCUCUGUCAGGGGGGAAACUGUGUUAAUACUGUAGGCUCAUUUGAGUGCAAAUGCCCUGCUGGACACAAGUUCAACGAAAUCUCACAGAAAUGUGAAGACAUUGAUGAGUGCUCUCUUAUUCGAGGAAUCUGUAAUGGAGGUCAGUGUUCCAACACUAUUGGCAGCUACUUUUGCAGGUGUCCUAUUGGUUUUGACACAUCGCCUGAUGGAUCGCACUGCAUUGAUGCCCGAUCGGGAUUCUGCUAUGCCAAAAUCGUCAACGGACGCUGUGCCAACCUGCUGUCCCAGCGCAUGUCUAAGAAUCAGUGUUGCUGUGAAAACAGAGGCUGCUGGUCCGGUAAUACAGUCCCGGAGAUGUGUCCAAUCCGCGGAACAGAGGAGUAUCAAAGACUCUGUCUGAUUGGUAACACAGUUCCUGAUCCAGAUCGUCCAGGUUCAGGCCCAAGUUCUCCAGAAGGCCCACGGAUCCCUUACCCACAUGAGCCAUACCCUCGUGAGCCUUAUCCACGUGAACCAUACCCACGAGACCCUGGACCACUCACACCUGUGGGCCUGCCGACAAUCACCUUCAGGCCUAUCAUCUUGCCUCAGAAUGUCAGUGUCAUAAGUACGUGCGAGGCAUUUCAUAAUCUGUGUAUUAAUGGCCGAUGUGUGCCUACACCAGGCAGUUACCGUUGCGAGUGUAACAUGGGCUUCAAACUGGAUGGCCACAGGGAAUGCAUCGAUGAUAAUGAGUGUGAACGCAGCCCGUGUGUGAAUGGAGAUUGUGUGAACACACACGGCUCCUAUUACUGCCAGUGUCCCACUGGAUUCCAGAGCACUGCAACCAGAACAGAGUGUAGAGAUCUGGACGAAUGUGUGGCCAACGGUCGCAUCUGUAACAACGGCAGGUGUGUGAAUACAGAAGGUAGUUUCCACUGUGUAUGUAACGCUGGCUUUGAGAUCUCGUCUGAUGGCAGAAACUGCAAAGACACUGAUGAGUGUUUGAUUAGGAACAUAUGUUUGAAUGGGAUGUGUAUUAAUGAAGACGGCAGCUUCAAAUGCAUCUGUAAACCAGGAUACUUACUGGAUGGUACUGAACGAUUCUGUGUGGAUGUGGAUGAGUGUGAGGUUCCUGGUAUGUGUAUGAAUGGUCACUGUGUGAACACAGAGGGCUCGUUCAGGUGUGAGUGUAUGCCGGGACUGGCUGUGGGGCUGGACGGACGCGUCUGUGUCGACACACACAUGCGCAGCACUUGUUACGGAGGUUAUAAACGGGGUCAGUGUGUGCGACCGUUCUUCGGGGCUGUCACCAAAUCAGAAUGCUGCUGUGCCAAUGUGGAGUACGCAUUCGGAGAACCAUGCCAACUGUGCCCUCCCCUGAACUCAGCUGAAUUCUCAGCUCUGUGCAGCCACGGCCUUGGAACUACAACCGGUGGCAGAGAUAUAAACGAGUGUGCACUGGAUCCCGACAUCUGUCAGAACGGUGUUUGUGAGAACAUGUUGAGAACAUACAAAUGUAACUGUAAUCUUGGCUUUGAAGUGGACAUCACCGGCAAAACCUGCAUUGAUAUGGACGAGUGUAUGAUGAACAGACAUCUGUGUGAAAACGGUUUGUGUAGGAACACGCCAGGCAGUUUCACUUGUCACUGUCCUAUGGGCUACACUUUUCAGCCUGAAACAGAGGUGUGUGAAGACAUUGAUGAGUGUUUGACAAAUCCGUGUGUUAACGCUGAUUGCAAGAACAGUCCAGGGUCAUUUGUAUGUUUGUGUUCUACUGGAAGCUCAUUGGACAGCUCUGGAACUUUGUGUGUAGAGACCACUAAGGGCACAUGUUGGUUGAAGGUGGUAAAUGGACAGUGUGAAAUCAAUAUUAAUGGAUUGAUGCUGAAGUCUCAAUGUUGUGCAUCAAUUGGGGCAGCGUGGGGAUCUCCAUGUGCCAAGUGUGAACCAGAUGCGUUCUGCUCUAAAGGAUACUCAAGGACCAAAGGAACAAUCUGUGAGGAUGUGAAUGAGUGUGAAGUGUUUCCUGGUGUGUGUAUUAAUGGAAAGUGUGUGAACACGGACGGCUCAUUUGUGUGUCAGUGUCCCAGCGGCAUGACUAUUGAUGCAUCUGGAAGAACCUGUGUCGACCUGCGCACUGAGCUGUGUUACCUUACACACAUCGACGAGCGAUGUGCCGCUCCGAUUCCUGGAAAGCACCGUGUGGAUGCGUGUUGCUGUUCGGUGGGCGUGGCUUGGGGCCCGGAAUGUGAUGAGUGUCCAGACAAAGGAACGCUAGAAUAUGCUCAGCUCUGCCCACGGGGUCCUGGAUUCUCCCACCGUGGAGACUUUAUUAAUGGAAAACCCUUCCUCAAAGAUAUAAACGAGUGUAAAAUGAUUCACAGUUUGUGCACCAACGGUCGGUGCAGGAACACCAUUGGAAGCUUUCGCUGCAGGUGUGACAGUGGCUUUGCUCUGGAUUUUGAUGAGAGAAACUGCACAGAUAUCGACGAGUGUCGUAUCUCUCCUGACCUGUGUGGUGACGGCACGUGUGUAAAUACGGCAGGUGAUUUUCAGUGUGAGUGUUUCACUGGAUAUGAAAGCGGAUUCAUGAUGAUGAAGAACUGCAUGGACAUUGACGAGUGUGAACGCAACCCUCUGUUGUGUAGAGGUGGUCAAUGCAUCAACACAGAGGGCAGCUUUCAGUGUAUGUGUCCAAACGGCCACGAGAUCGCUCCGGACGGAUCAGCGUGUUUAGAUAUUAAUGAGUGUGAACUGAGUGACAGACUAUGUAAGAACGGUCAGUGUGUGAACAUGAUCGGACGCUAUCAGUGCUCCUGUAAUACCGGUUACAAAUCAACUGAAGACAGACUCUCUUGUGUGGAUAUUGAUGAGUGCACUAUUGAGAACGGCGGCUGUGAGACUUUCUGCACAAACUCAGAGGGCAGUUACGAGUGCAGCUGUCGCCAUGGUUAUGUCCUCAUGCCUGACCUUAGGAGCUGCACAGAUAUCAAUGAGUGUGAAGACAAUUCUGAUAUUUGUGAAGGUGGCCAGUGCACAAACAUCCCGGGAGAAUUUCAGUGUCUAUGUUUUGAUGGCUUAAUGUCUUCUGAGGAUAUGAAAUCUUGUCUGGAUGUGAAUGAGUGUGAGUUGAAUCCAAACAUAUGUCGCAGUGGGAAAUGUGAGAACACAAAGGGUUCGUUCAUCUGUCACUGUGACCUGGGAUUCUCUGUUAGGAAAGGUACCACCGGCUGUACAGACAUUAAUGAGUGUGAGAUUGGCGCUCAUAACUGUGACCAUCAUGCGACCUGUAUGAACACAGCCGGCAGCUUCAAAUGCAGCUGCGCUCCAGGCUGGAUCGGGGAUGGAAUCAAAUGCACAGAUCUUGAUGAAUGUUCUAAUGGAACACACAUGUGCAGUCCCAGUGCCGACUGUAUGAACACCAUGGGCUCCUACCGCUGCCUCUGCAAAGAGGGCUUUAAUGGAGACGGCUUCUACUGCACAGACACUGAUGAGUGUGCUGAUAAUGUGAAUCUGUGUGAGAGUGGACACUGUCUGAAUAGUGCUGGUGGAUAUCGCUGUGAAUGUGACAUGGGCUUCAUUCCCACUGCAGACGGCAAAGCUUGUGAAGACAUAGAUGAGUGCACGUUUGCUGAUAUCUGUGUGAACGGUCGGUGUCAGAAUAUUCCGGGGCUCUUCAGGUGUGUCUGUAACCCUGGUUAUGAGCUGGACCGCAGUGGAGGAAACUGCACAGACGUGAACGAGUGUGCCGACCCCACCACCUGCAUUAGUGGAUUGUGUGUCAACACACCCGGCAGCUACAUCUGCAGCUGUCCUCCAGACUUUGAGCUCAACCCCACUGGAGUCGGCUGUGUCGAUACUCGCUCUGGAAACUGCUACCGAGAUGCUCGUUACCGUGGCGACUUUUCUGAUAGUCUGGACUGCUCUAAUGAGAUUGGUGUAGGGGUCUCCAAAGCAUCCUGCUGUUGUUCUGAGGGUAUUGCGUGGGGGUCACCCUGUGAGGCCUGCCCAUCCCGCAACUCCACGGAAUACCGGAUUCUGUGUCCUGGUGGAGAAGGAUUCCGACCCAAUCCAAUCACAGUGAUACUGGAGGAUAUCAAUGAGUGUCAGGAGCUGCCAGGUUUGUGUCAGGGUGGAGACUGCAUCAACACAUUUGGCAGUUUUCAUUGUGAAUGUCCAAAAGGUUUUGCUCUCAAUGAAGAUACCAGAAUCUGUGAAGAUGUAAACGAGUGUGAGAGGCCAGGUAUCUGCGGUCCAGGUCAGUGUUAUAACACCAUUGGAAACUACACUUGCAUUUGCCCACCUGAGUACAUGCAGAUUAAUGGAGGAAACAACUGUAUGGACAUGCGGAAGAGUUUGUGUUACCGGAACUAUUACUCUGAUAACGCCACAUGUGACGGAGAACUCACCUUCAACGUGACCAAGAAAUUCUGCUGCUGCUCCUACAACAUCGGUCGUGCCUGGAACAAACCCUGUGAACAGUGUCCCAUACCCAGUACCAAUGAGUUUGCUGUGCUGUGUGGAAGUGAGAGACCUGGAUAUUUCAUUGACAUCUACACCGGACAAGUUGUUGACAUCGACGAGUGCCGGGAGAUUCCAGGUGUGUGUGAAAACGGUGUGUGCGUCAACAUGAUCGGCAGUUUCCGGUGUGAAUGUCCAAUGGGUUUCGUCUAUAAUGACAAGCUGCUCAUCUGUGAGGAUAUUGAUGAGUGUCAGAAUGGACCAGUGUGUCAGCUGAACGCUGUCUGUUUGAAUGUUCCUGGAAGUUACCGCUGUGAGUGUAAACCUGGGUACCGUCAGACGCCCACACAACAGUGUGUAGAUCGUAAUGAGUGUGCUGAGAAUCCAAACGUCUGCAGUCCUGGUCUGUGUAUUGACAUGGUUGGCAGUUAUCGUUGUUACUGCCCCAACGGCUUCUACUCCACUCCAGACCUGUGCAACGAUUUGGAUGAGUGUGAGCAGCAGCCGUGUGGUAAUGGAACUUGUAAGAACACUGUUGGCUCCUACAACUGCCUAUGUUACCCAGGAUUCCAGCUGUCACACAACAAUGAUUGCAUCGACAUAGAUGAGUGUUCGUCUCUCGGGGGCUUGUGUAGAAAUGGCAACUGCUUCAACAGUGCGGGUUCAUUUGUGUGUGUGUGUCUGGAUGGUUAUAAACUCUCUCCUGAAGGCAGGACAUGUUUAGACAUCAACGAGUGUUUGAUCAAUCCUGGCACAUGCGGUCCUGGAACAUGUAAGAAUCUAGAUGGUUCUUACAGUUGCAUCUGUCCUCCUGGAUAUUAUCUCCAAAACGAGAGGUGUGAAGAUAUUGAUGAAUGCAGUCAGAAUCCAGAGAUCUGUAUCUUUGGGAAAUGUGUGAACACGCUGGGCAGCUUCAGGUGCGACUGUCCAGAGGGAUUCCAGCUCUCUUCAUCGGGAAAGAGAUGUGUGGAUAUUCGUGUAAAUUAUUGUUACACUAAGUUUGAGAACGGACGCUGUCUGGUGCCGAAGCCUCUGAACACGACUAAAGGAAUUUGUUGCUGCAGCGCCAUGCCAGGUCAGGGCUGGGGCGACCCCUGCGAAAUCUGCCCCGGCAAAGAUGAAGAGGUGUACACAGCAUUAUGUUUUGCUCCUGGUAAAAUAGUCAUUAUAGACGACACUGCAUUGGAUAUCAAUGAGUGUGCGGAGAAUCCUGGUAUCUGUAAAAACGGACACUGCAUCAACACAGAUGGAACAUUCCGCUGCGAGUGUCCAUUCGGCUACAGACUCGAUUUUACUGGAAUAAACUGUGAAGACACCAACGAAUGUGAGCUGGGUAACCCGUGUGGUAAUGGCACCUGCACAAACGUGGAGGGAGCAUUUGAAUGCAGCUGUGAUGAUGGAUUUGAGCCCGGACACAUGAUGACCUGUGAAGACGUGAACGAGUGCUCCCAGAAUCCUUUGCUAUGUGCGUUCCGUUGUGUCAACACGGUGGGAACGUAUGAAUGCAAAUGUCCAGCAGGAUAUGUGCUGAGAGAAGACCGCAGGAUGUGCAAAGAUCAGAAUGAAUGUGAGGAAGGUUUGGAUGACUGUGCGUCCAGAGGAAUGACCUGUAAGAAUCUGAUUGGCACUUACAUGUGCAUCUGCUCAACGGGAUACACGAGGCAGCCCAACGGAGAAAGCUGCAUGGAUCUGAAUGAAUGCACGGCGAAACCAGGCAUCUGUGAGAACGGCCGCUGUGAGAACACUGUUGGCAGUUACCGCUGUGUCUGUGAUCAAGGGUUCAGCUCCAGCCCCAGCAGAACAGAGUGUAUUGAUAAUCGUCAGGGCUUCUGUUUCCUGGAGGUUCUUCAGACGAUGUGUCAGAUGAGUUCUAGCAGUCGUGUGAGCGUCAGGAAGUCAGAAUGCUGUUGCGACAGAGGCCGCGGCUGGGGGUCUAACUGUGAGCUGUGCCCUCUGCCCGGGACCAUGCAAUACAAGAAGAUGUGCCCGCUCGGACCGGGAUACACCACUGACGGCCAGGAUAUUGAUGAGUGUAAGGUGAUGGGGAAUCUGUGCAAGAACGGUCAGUGUUUGAACUCAUUGGGCUCGUUCAGCUGCAUCUGCAGACCAGGAUACACGACUGACAUCUCCAUGACCGCAUGUGUUGAUGUGGACGAGUGUGUUCAGGCUCCCAAACCCUGUAACUUCAUCUGUAAGAAUACAGAAGGGGGGUACCUGUGCUCAUGCCCACGAGGAUACGUGCUGCAGGACGAUGCCAAGAGCUGCAGGGAUCUGGAUGAAUGCUCCACUAAACAGCACAACUGUCAGUUUCUGUGUGUGAACACAAUUGGAGGAUUCACCUGCAAAUGCCCUCCUGGAUUCACACAACACCACACUGCCUGUAUCGAUAACAAUGAGUGCACUACUGAACCGGGUCUGUGCGGAUCAAACGGAGUGUGUCAGAACAGUCCUGGAAGCUUCAAUUGUGAAUGUCAGCGGGGCUUCACCCUUGACCCCAACGGACAACAUUGUGAAGAUAUGGACGAGUGUGUGGGGAACCAUCGCUGUCAGCAUGGCUGUCAGAAUCUAGUGGGCGGGUACAGAUGUAGCUGCCAACAAGGAUACCUGCAGCACUACCAGUGGAACCAGUGCAUUGAUGAGAAUGAGUGUCAGAACAGCCAGAUCUGCGGCGGGGCGUCAUGUCACAACACUCUGGGUAGUUUCCACUGUAUGUGUCCGACGGGCUUCAGUUACGAACAGCAUACAGGUGGCUGUCAGGACGUGAAUGAGUGCAGCUCAUCGCAGAACCCCUGCUCAUACGGCUGCUCCAACACUGACGGGGGUUACCUGUGUGGCUGCCCAUCGGGAUACCUCAGAGCAGGACAGGGGCACUGUGUAUCUGGUGUUGGUUUGGGCAGCGGUAGUUCUCCUCUGAGACAAGAUGAGAAUGCGCUCUCUCCUGAAGCGUGUUAUGAGUGCAAGAUAAACGGAUACCUAAAGAAGGGCAGAAAACAAAGGAGUGUUAAUGGAACAGACAAAUACCUGCAGCAUAUUCAGAAUAAUCCGAACUCGAUCAGCCUGGACAGUGUUGAUAUUGACGACACUCUUCAGUUCAACCUGAACAUCAGCACACUAAAGAGUAAAGAUCACAUCAUCGACUUCAUCCCAGCGCUGUCCACACUCACUAACCACAUUUACUACACCAUCGAAUAUGGUAAUGAUGACGGUCUGUUUAAAAUCAACCAGAGAGAUGGCAUCAGCUACUUGCACAUAUCCAAGAAGAAAGCUCUGCAGCCCGGAGUGUAUUAUUUAAAAAUCCGCAGUGUGCCCGUGUAUGGUCGGAAAGAAGUGACCGUGCUGGACGAGCAGCAGGACAGAGACUACCUCAGCGAGCAGCGAGGAGACGCUCUACACAUGAACCUACAGAUUCUCCUACACUGACUGCACUCGCUGACAAGCACAUACCACACUUACACGCUUAGAGUCCAACGUACACUCAAUGCUUUCAAGCUCCGAAAAUAUAACAGAAAAUUCCCACUGAAAGCAACCACUGCUCAUGUUUUGAAGAGGGAUCCUGUCUGUGAUACGGUUAGGGUUGUUGCACUCUCUAGAACAAGAAAACACAAAAGCAAGGACUCGCAAUCGCUUUAGCAAAGGAUGAGCUUUUAGCAGGGUUUCCUCACACACCUUUGACCAAUGAAUUUCCAAAAAAGAAAUGUUUGAAAACAGUUUCAUGCUGAUAGCACUUACAAACAGUUAUUUCUAGCUGACUAAAUAAUUUAGUGCAGAACAUAACUAGAACAAUUUAGAUUCACUAUAGAAAUGUCCUUGACUUUAAAGAUUUUAUACAUUUCCAUGAUAUUUCCAGAUUUUCUGUGCCUGUGGGAAUCCUCCUUUAGUGUCAGUUUGGAUGGCUGCAGUUAUUCGGAUGGUCAGCUCUCUCCAGCUCAGUUUGCCUUAUUUUACUGGUGCAAGUCAUGUGACAGCAUAGAGUAAUGCACUGUAAUAGUCAUCAAACACAGGAUCUGCAAUACUGCUCUCGUACCACCUUCCAGUUGACCGACGUUUGCACGCAAGCCUUUCUGUUCUCUCCUGCAGCUAUACUAAAUGUAAUUUAAGUGUCUAUACUGAACCGUGUCACUUUUUUACUCUCCAAAAUAAUUUUUUAACUAAAGGAACCCUGGAACGGAUGGGUUUAUAAUGGUGCUUAUUAUUAUGACCAACUACUUUAAACUGUGUUUUUACAUCGUUCUGUGAUUUGAAAUCUAUGCACUGAGGUCUUAUGGCCGCACACACACAUACACACACACACACACACCUGCAUCAUCAGUCAUGUGGCCUUUGAAAACACCUUUACCAUCUUUCAGUACAACGUUCUUUGUUCACACCUGUGAGGGGUUUAGAUUUAAAUUCACAAUAACAAUUUUUUUUUUGGUUUUACAGGGACUCUGACAUUUCCUGUCUUUUCAAAACGAGAUCAGGAAUGACAUUUACUCUGAUUUCUCAGAGUUGUUCCUGAAUCUUGAUUGAUCAAUUUCUUACUGGAUCAGAUUUACUGUAGACAGUAAGAGACAGCCAGUGGUCUUUAGGUGUGACUCUAUCCAUUAAAUGAAGUCUUAAUCCAAGAGUUUAAAACUGAGCAGCUGUAUUUAGAGGAGAGAUUAUAAUGAUCCAGACCCCACAGAGCAAUUUGUGAGUUGUUUGUAUUGGACAUGGUUCCCUUGUUUUUUGGAAAUGUAUUGGCAAUACAAUUUAAAAUUAUAAUAUUUAUGUAUUAAUUAUUCAGUGCUAUUGUGUAUAUCAAAGUAGGACCAUCUGAUACCAUUGUAUCGCCACUGUACAAUGAGCAAAAUAUCUUUGUUUGAUGUAACUUUUUUGUUUGCACUUUGGUCUUUAAAUUCAGUAAACCAGUGGUCACAUUUACGACUCUCUUACUGACAUGCAUUUGUAGCAUAACUCAAAUCCUGCAGUACAACUUCAUAAUGAUGACAAAAAUGAUAAAGAAUCUGCUGUUUACUUAAAUAUUACUGCUUUCAUUGUUUCUAGUAAUACACUUCAAGCCAUAGGUUUGGACACACAUACUCAUUAUUUAUUACUACUUUCCAUAUUUUAGACUAGUAGUUAAGUCAUCAAAAUGAUGAUAUAACAUAAGCAGAAGUAUGGAAAUGAUGUAGUUACCAAGCAUUGUUAAAGAUUAAAACAUCCUGGGAUGCACUCUAUAUAAAAUUGAAAGAAUUCAUACAGUAUGCUGGACACUUUGUUGACUGCUUUUCCUUCACUAUCUGUUCCAAGUUCCAACUCCUUAUAUAUAUCUAUAUCAUGUAUAUUUUAAAUUAUAUAUACCACUAGUGACAAAUCUAAACUAUUGCAGUUUUUAUCAUGGGACUUGUCAACACUUGUCUUCCUCUUGCUCGUGUGCCACAUUCAAAGUCAGAACGUGGAAGACAUGAACAUCUGAAUCAUAUGCUGAAGAACAUUGUCUAACAUGGAGAUUGUAGAGGAAAGAGAGCAGUUAUGAGAAAGGGACAGAACGGAGUAUUUAAAAUACAUUUAAAGUAAAUACAGGUGCCCUUGAUUAAAAAAAAAAAGCUUUUACAUAAGUGUAUAAUCCUGUUCUGUGGAUACACAGUUGCACAUUUAAACAACACUGUAUAUACAAACAUGCUCACAUACAAACACACUGAGUGCAAGUGGCACUCAAUCCAAAAAUACACACAUAUUAUAUCUGUAAUAUAGUGCACUUGUACUCUGACACAACAAAUAUGUAUAUAUACACCUUUUGCAUUUGUGAAUACUUUUUUAUAUUUAUAGACUGUCACCCUUGAGCGCAGCACAAUACUUUUUUUAAAUGUGUGCAUGUAUAUAUUAAAUGUGAGGGAACACUUUUAUGGGCUGUUGCUGUAGGAUUCUUUGUCAUCAGUCAAAAAAUCAUUGAACUAUGCAAUGACAUGCGAUAGACGAACACUACUCCUACUGUAGGAGUAACAUCGUUUGAAAAGCAUGAUGCUCCGUUUCUCUGAACAUCAUGUGAUAUAAUUUUGCUUUUGUCACUGCUCAUACCACCUCUUUCUAUGGCUAUAAAUUGUGAACUGGUGAGAGAACUGAACUUUAUUUGUAGGGAAGCAAAAAAAAAAAGAAGCAAAUCAGUUGAAGCAGUGGAUCCCAAACUUUCCAAUGUACCCCUGGAAAAACCUUUAGUGUAAUUAAACAUGUAGUUCUGAUGUUCAAAUUGAA